GGCGCUGCGGCGGCGUCAGCUGACCGCGGGUCACGUGACCCACCGGCGGGUGAGCGGCGGCGGCGGCGGCGCCGGGGAUGGAGCAGUGACGCAUCUUGCCUUUUUCCUCAGAAUCAGCAAACAUCAAGAUAAAGGCACAAAAAUGACAGAGUUUUGGCUGAUUUCUGCUCCUGGGGAAAAAACCUGUCAACAGACAUGGGAGAAGCUACAUGCAGCAACUACAAAACAUAACAAUCUUUCUACUAAUUCAAAGUUCAAUAUUCCGGACUUGAAGGUUGGCACACUGGAUGUUUUGGUUGGUUUGUCAGAUGAGCUGGCUAAACUGGAUGCAUUUGUGGAGAGUGUUGUAAAGAAGGUGGCUCAGUAUAUGGCUGAUGUUUUAGAAGACAGUAAAGAUAAAGUUCAGGAGAAUCUUCUGGCUAAUGGAGUUGACUUGGUCACCUAUAUAACAAGGUUCCAAUGGGAUAUGGCCAAAUACCCAAUCAAGCAAUCCUUGAAGAAUAUUUCAGAAAUUAUUGCAAAGGGAGUAAACCAGAUUGACAAUGAUCUAAAAGCAAGAGCCUCGGCAUACAAUAAUCUGAAAGGGAAUCUUCAGAAUUUGGAAAGAAAGAAUGCGGGAAGCUUGCUAACCAGAAGUCUUGCUGAUAUUGUAAAGAAAGAGGACUUUGUACUUGAUUCAGAAUAUUUGGUCACAUUAUUAGUGAUUGUGCCGAAGUUAAAUUACAAUGACUGGGUUAAGCAGUAUGAAACGCUAGCAGAGAUGGUUGUUCCACGUUCCAGCAAUGUACUCUUUGAGGACCAAGACAGCUACCUUUGUAAUGUCACCUUGUUCAGGAAGGCAGUGGAUGACUUCAAGCACAAAGCCAGAGAAUAUAAAUUUAUGGUCCGUGACUUCCAGUACAAUGAAGAAGAGAUGAAAGCCGAUAAAGAAGAAAUGAAUAGACUGUCAACUGACAAGAAGAAACAGUUUGGGCCUCUGGUUCGGUGGCUGAAAGUCAAUUUCAGUGAAGCUUUCAUUGCAUGGAUUCAUGUGAAAGCAUUACGUGUUUUUGUUGAAUCUGUUUUAAGGUAUGGUUUGCCAGUUAACUUCCAGGCAAUGCUGCUUCAGCCUAAUAAGAAAACAAUGAAGAAACUGAGGGAAGUUCUGUAUGACUUAUACAAACAUCUUGACAGCAGUGCAGCAGCUAUCAUUGAUGCAACUAUGGAUAUUCCAGGUUUAAACCUCAGCCAACAGGAGUACUACCCAUAUGUGUACUACAAGAUCGAUUGUAAUUUGCUGGAAUUCAAGUAAAAGUUCCCUAACAUGACAAUCUUCUCGGUGUUGGUGUAAACAAACAGAAGUGAGGUUGAAGUAUAGUAAUACUUUAAACAUUCUACUAAUCAUAUGCUUGCUUCUUAUGUUAGGUGACUUGAACACACCGUGGUCCAUCUCUAGACAUUUUCUUUUUAAAGAACAGUGUAGGUAACCAGCUUUUAAUCGACUAUGUCUGUAAAUGUAUAUUGAGAGAAUUUAAGUAUUUAUAAACAGAGUGAUUUAUUUAAGGAAAAGCUUAUCCCUCUUUCAUAUGGUGGUCUGUGUUAAUUCCAUUUACUGUUGUUUAUAAAAAAACUUGUUUACAGACUAGUGUAAAUGUUCAUGGCCAUUUUGUUCAUUUGAUUUAGUAGAUACAACUGUGUUAACAUUGUUGAACUGUGAUGUAAAGUAUGUAAAAUUGGUAUGAAAUUGUGCUUUCUGAAUGGUUUAAAAUUACAAUUGAUGCACUGUAAACACAGGGAAAAUAAACAUACCUGUGCAAAUGUGUCA